AUGGAUCCAGACUUAUUGGCACACUACAGGGUUGUAAAACUCAUCUUCCUUGUAGUUUACCUUCUUCUGGGAUACUCCUGCUCCUCGGGGACCGCCACCAUCUGUCCUUGUGGAGAAAUCCCCCAGUGGAACCAGACUAAGCCCUCCACCACGAACUGCUCAAAAGUCAAUUACGUUUUUCGGUACACUUGUAUUGAUGGAUACGUAAGGAAGGCUGGUACCUCCAAUCUCAUUCGAUGCACAACGGAGAUGAAGUGGUCAUCUCCCUCACUCAAAUGCAUAGAAAACCCCAUGGAUCCCCCUAAGAGAACAACAAGCCCUACGACUCCGAGUGCAGCUGUUACUCCAAGUAUACAUGUAAUGUCGUCAUUGAGCACAGAAACAGAUGCAGGAAUGACCUCCACAUUCUCUCCUCCACAGAAUACAGGGGCCACCCUGCUAACCUCAGCACUCACAGAGAGCAGCAUGAACACUCCCAGCCCAGCUGCAGCCUCCUCCUCGGCCUCACCGGCUCCUCAUUCAACUUCGAUUGUCUCCUCUACCAUUAGCACACCAAUGAAUGCCUUGGUGCUGGACAGAACCACGUCUCCCACUCACCUCUCCAUCAACUCCACUCUGCUGAGAACAGGCUCUGUGCCCAUUAACGUGAUUGCACCAGUUGUAAUACUACUUCUCCUGGCCGUCGGCGGUGGAGCAGGUUUUUGGCUUUACAAGCGGAGCAAAAGAAAUACCAAUAAAAGAAUAUCAGAGGAAGAAACUAUUCCCAUGCGAUUACAAAAUGGGGACACGUGA